AUGGACAUCGACCUCUUCCCCGACAUCGACCUUGACGCCCUCCUCGCCUCUUUCUCCGGCGAACCCGCCGCCGUCUCCGACCUCAUCGUCCCGUCCCCGCCUCCGCCGGCGCCGGCGACGGCGCACGAUGCGGAAGCGGGGUCGCCGGAGUCGGUGACCUCCCGGGCGAACCCGCCCGGGGAGGUGGCGCUCUCGGAGAUCGAGAGGUUCCUGAUGCAGGAGGGGGAGGCGGAGUUGACCGGCGAGGUCGAGGGGAUCAGCGUGGAUCAGUUCUUCGACGCGCUGUACGACGGCGGGGAGGGGAAAGAUGAGGGCGAGGCGGGGGCAAGCACGGAUGCGGACUCCGGCAGGGACGAGGUGGUGGAAGUCGUGACGCCAGAGGCGGAGACGGUGGAGGUGGAUGGCGAUGAUCCCGUCAGCAAGAAGAAGAGGAGGCAAAUGAGGAACAGAGAUUCCGCAAUGAAAUCCAGGGAGAGGAAGAAGUCGUACAUAAAGGACUUGGAGACGAAGAGCAAGUAUUUGGAGGCAGAGUGCCGCCGCCUCAGCUACGCACUUCAGUGCUAUGCAGCUGAGAACAUGGCACUGCGCCAGAGUUUGUUGAAGGAUAGGCCUGUUGGUGCUCCCACAGCCAUGCAGGAGUCUGCCGUACUCACGGAAACCCUGCCGCUGGUUUCCCUGCUUUGGCUGGUGAGCAUCGUCUGCCUGUUCCUGAUGCCCGUUCUGCCCAACCGAAGUCCAGCUGCUCCAAGCAGCGGCGGAAGAGAUCUCGUGGUGGCAGCCGGAAAGACAAGCAGUGAAACCCCAGAGAUACCUGAACUCAUCCUGCAUGGAAGGCGUUGCAAGGGCACGAGGGCGAAGUUUAAGCUAUAUAAUUUACCAUUUCAUGCAGUAGCUGCUGGCAUGUUUUGA